UCAGGUUACGCCGCGGACUUGUCAGAAGGAAGAGAUGAAUGCCGGUUGUGGCGAAGGGGGGGGGCAGGUAGGAGGAGGCGGGGUUCUACACAUCCCUCCUGCAGACUCAAAGAGGUCCCAGCGCAGCGAGACAAUCAGCGGAGAGCCGGGUCACGACGACACAAAAAGAGAGAGGAGGCAGGAUGAGGAGGAGUUGCAACGCCUCCCCAGAGAGGGGGGGGGGAUGGAAAAUGGCUGCAUGAUGCUCUUUAAACACUCCAUGAACGUGGCGGAGAGGGGAUGACGAGGGAUGCUGAGCACGCUGAAGGGUUAAGAAGGAGAGAGGCGCUCACAAGACAACUUAUCACCAUCAUCACACCAUCAGCAUCACCACCUCAGCAUCACCACACCAUCAGCAUCAUCACACCAUCAGCAUCAUCACACCAUCAGCAUCAUCACACAGCCAGCAUCACCACAUCACACCACCACCUCAGCAUCAGCAUCACUCCAGCCAUCAAAAUACUUUAAGAUCAGCACCACAUGGCAUCCAUCCCGGGUUCCAGCCUUCCCGCGGUGCUCCAUAUGGACGACAUGCAUCGCCCGUUUGGCCCUGCUGUCGGUGGGCGGAGCCUCAAUGCUUUGCUUGCUUCUUUGCCUUGGCAUUGAGUCUGUUGUCAGCCGUCCUGCAGGAGGACUGGCCUAGAACGGGCAAUGAGCACAGUGAAGCUCCACCACGGCAGUACGGCGAUGUGGAACGCUGGGGUUUGGGUAUUCACCGUGUGACUGAAGCGACAUCCGAUAAAGCGAUCCCUCGUCGCCGCAUAUCACAGCAGCACAUCUCCCGCCGAGGACCCCGAGUACCCCUUGAAGGCCGACAUUGCAGAACCGGACCACAAUUGAAACGGCACCGCUGCAAACAGCCCACCUAGCUAAGCCCUGUUUAGCAUGUUCAUAUGGUAAAGUACAUCCUUGAUUCUGAGCUGGAGCCUACCCCAGCACUCAGAUCACCUGUUUGACUUGGGCAAGAACCCACACAAGCAGAGGUCAGAGGCCCAAUUCUAAGCCAGAACCACUUGGCUAAGAGUCACACGUGCUAACCGUCAUAGCAGGUAGGAUGCUAAUUACGAAAGAUUACAACCGCCCCCCCCCCCCUCGGUUGGGUAAGAACAUGCGGGCCAUCAAAUGACGCUGACACACUUCCACCAGCGGCUCAGCUUUCCUUCCAGAUGUUUAACAGAGAGGAGGUGCUGUUAGAGGAGGAGGCUUGUCGAGCGCCGACAAAGUGGCUUGCAGCAUCUCACUGGGUUUGGGCCUGGAGCCAGCAGAGGGAAGAGAACCAUCUGCUUCCUGCUCACAUGUUAGCCAACACGCUGCCAGCGCUCAUUAGGACGUUCAUCCAGCACUCGCCCUCGCCCUCCAGGAUGAAGACACAUCAGGGGGAGGAGGGGCUCGCGAGCAGCAGACUGGCAUGGAUCUACGGUUCACGGAUGCAUGGAUCAUACCAUGUUGGGGGGGUGUGGCUCCAUGGUUCAGGAAGGGGGCGUGACACUCACCCCGGCUCACAUGGUGCCUUGGUCCCUCAGGUGGCCUGUAGCUCCUCCCAUCGUUUGGUGUGGACAUCCUGGCAGCUGCCUUCUGUCAUAAACACGGACGACAAAAACACACACACACACACACACACACACACACACACACGUCUGCAGUGAUGCCUUGGUUAACAUUCCACAAGGUCCCACACAAACCAAAACCUACUCUAACCAAAGCAAAUGUUCCCCAAGAAAAUCAUGUUCAAAUCUGUUCCAGACCCCAAAAACUUUAUAGACACUAAUUAUAGUUUAAAUGCAGAAAAUGCUACAGCUAAUAGCUGUAGCAUGCCAGCUAGCACAUCUCCAGCUAAUGCCUGCUACAGUCCAGAAGAAGAUGUGACCUCCAGAGAAGACAAGACGCUGUGAUGCCAAAGAGGCAACGCUAGGGGUCAAAGGUAACGUUGCACGGUGUCAUGGCGCCGGCUCCAACAAAGCGGUGUUGACUUUGGAGCGUCGCCUCCUGGAUCCACUCGGGAUUUGAUGGCCUUUGUUUCCCGGGCAGCUGCCGUCACUAAUCCCGACAAGAACAUCUUCCAUCCUCUUCAAAUGCUCCUCAGCUGUUUGCCUGAUCCAUGAAAAAACAGCUGGAGUGAGACCUCCCUGCUCCUGGCUAAUCAGGGAAAAGCUUGGAUAAACAAGUCGGAGGUGCAAUACUCGGGUAUUCUUCACGUGUAUUACUCCAGGAAAGUCCUCGUGAAGAUCCUGGGAGGAAUACGGAGCAGAUCAAUGCUUUCCACCAGACGAGAGGAAGAAUGUGACGUGUCUAAAUUUAACCACGAGUCUGAUCCAUCCUCAUCCAGGAGAGGCAGAAGCUUCCGGACCCUAAAGCCGACAUGUGCUGGUAGGGCACGCCGCCCUCCCCAGCAAGGACAAUGGCGAGGUAUAAAAGAGCAUGCGGGGGCGACGUGAUGUUGGUGACCACACCUCCAUCCUCACGGUGCACACCGACUUCCUGUUUGUCCAGGUAGACGCUCUGCUCCGCUUGUCUCUUCCCUCUCAGCAGGCAACCAUGAGCACCGAUGGCGAGAUGGCGAUCUUCGGGGCGGCCGCCCCGUACCUCCGCAAGUCCGAGCAGGAGAGGACGGAGGCGCAGUCCCGCCCCUUCGACAGCAAAACGGCGUGCUUUGUCAGCGAGGACAAAGAGCUGUACGUCAAGGCCACCGUGCAGGACCGGGCAGAAGACAAGGUCGUGGUGAAGACAGAAGAUGACAGAGUGUGUGGACACAGGACAGGUCUUCUACUCAUGUGUCCGCUCGGUCCGGUUGUCUUCUGA